AUGUCAGUAUCUGGGCUUCAAGGACUUGUGAACCUGACAUAUGUUCUGAAGAAAAACAAUCAAAGAGAGUGGUUUCCACUGCAUGAGGUUGCAGCUCAUCCAAUUCUGCAAGUAUUUGAAAUCACUUUAGAUGACAAGAAAGCAUCUUACGGAUCAACAUGGGAAUACAAAAUAUGCAAUGAAACAGCAUUAACUUUGACAGCAAACAUUGGCUUUGUGGAAAACAUGCAAAUGAUCAUCGAAAAGGGUGGUUAUCGCAAUACCAUAAAUUACAAGAAGAAACUCCAUUUUUUAUUGUAUCUCAUCGUAGCCACAUCCCAAACUUUAGUCCAGGAAAGUGGGUGUGCUGUUCACUCUGCUGUAGAUGGCCAGAACCAGUGUCUAGAGCUUGUCAUUGAAAAUGGUUUGGAUGUCAACACUUUCCUGUCUGAACAUGUAACUUCAAAUACUUACAAUGAAAGGAAAACUGCACUUUAUUUUGCUCUUUUUAACAAUGAGAUUCUUUGCACAAAAAUAUUGCUCAGAGCAGGAGCAAAUCCAAACAAGGAUCCUUUAAAUGGUGUUCUCAUAGCAGUUAGAGCUGACAGCAAUGGAAUUGUAAAGCUACUCCUGUCUUAUAGAGCAGAUGUCAACUGCUAAUUUUGUUGCUUAAUGAUACACAUUUCCCAGAGCACUUGGUAAUCUUUGAAUGGUGACAUGAUGCUGAAGCUGUUGCCCACUCAUGGAUAUAAUUUGGAGAUGUGUUUGGACUUUAUGUGUUUGGACUUUAUGUGUCAGGGUAUCUUUGGAAAUCAGUUUGUGUGGCUGGCUCCAGGGCACAAGUCUAUUCCUGGUCAGACUAUUUCUUAAAGAAGGAUAAAUCAGCUCUGUGAGUUUAUUGCUGCUCUGUUAUUGAGACAUUUAGCUGGAAAAGUUGUUUGUGUUUUUGUAGAUGAUGCAGAUUUUGCUCCUCUAAGCAUAAGAAUUCAGUUUUUCAUAGAAAGACAGCAAGAAUGA